AUCACCUAUCGCGCCGGUCUUCAGGAAAUGAGCAUCUCACAAUCAAUCCUAGCUUUUACUCAGCCCGUCGACCGAUUAAUUUGUUUUAUAAAACUUUCAUCUUGUCGUCAUUGUGCUUUCUGGUUUUUGCCAGGCCAUGAUAAAAUUUAAAGAAAUGAAGAACGAACAACACGAUUUAGGAUAGGAACCACCGUUCCUGUAUCCCUAAAAAAUGGUGGUAAACACGGACUCAGCUGCCUAACUUGUUUGGAUUGAGAUUUUUAUCGGCUAUUAGGGAACCAUGUGAUUAUAAAUUAGGUCUGAUCAAAACGGCUCAAAACUUGAAAUUCAGCAUAUUUGACCGACACAUGCCAAACUCCAAUUAUUCAUUUUAAUAUUAAAAAUAACCAUAUGGAUCUUUCUGUUUAGUUUUUUACUAACAAAUACCAAACGAUUCCCUAUAAAUUAAACUAUAAUUUAAUCAUUAUGAUAUCAAAUAAUUAUAUAAUAUAUAUUUGAAAUGAAUAAAAAUUGGACUAAUUGGGUUGGUCGAGGUUGAACCAUUUAAUAACUUUAAAAUACAUUAUAUUUUAGCCACUAAGAUAUAAAAAAUAGCAUAACAUGUUAUGCUAGAGAAAAUAGCUUAUUUUAGAAUGACAAACCCAUGAUGUUCAUUUGUUUUACUUCAUGGCCAAAUCCAGUAUAGAUCAGGCCCAUUCAAUUUUUUUUAUUUUAUGGUAGGCGGUUAGCCCAUUAGAAUCCGUGCAUUAGUUUAUUGUUAAAAUUUUCUUUUUAACAAUAAAAAGGAGUAUUGUUUUUCCCUUUCAUAUAUAUCUUACCAACACUGAGAAAUAAAAGGGCUUUAAGAAACAUGUUCUGUUUUUGUGGGCCGCAACAAUUCGUGGCACGUUUCAAUUCGCAUGUGUACGGUAAAUUAGCCCAUUACAUAGAGAAAAGAAAAAAAAAUGAAUUGGUAACUCCAAAGCCACUGAUUUUAGUAGAGUUUCCUCCAUGAAAAAUAGAACACUAAUAAGAAAUUCUCGUUGUCUUCUUCUCCGCAUAAAGUUUUGGCUUGCCCCUUUAAAUUUUGGGAAGAUUACUCUCAUUUCUUGCCGCUGAGCUUUUGUUAUGGGACUCCUUAACAUCUGUUUAAUCUCUUUGCUCAUUGAUUUUGUAAAACACAAUUUGCUUCAAAAGCUUACUUUUCCUUUUCAAUAAAUAAAUAACUCCCUCGUUCUUCGUUAUACAAGGUAGCUUGCCCUCUUACUUGACUUCACAUCCUUGUACAUUCUAUUUUGAUCCAAAGAUACGUACCAUAUUACAAAACCUCUGAUUCAAUUACAAGUUCUAACGAACGGGUAAAGCCAACUUUGUGGUUUGGACCCAUCUGCAGCCGGCUACCGCCGGCGUACUACUCUCCAUCUCAACGUAAGAACCCACCAAAUUCCCCUCCCUAUAUUAACCGGAACAUCAGAGCCAUAACAAUCACAACAAUUAAUCCAACCAAAAACUCCCAUCAACAUGGAGAAGAUAGAGCACACAACGAUCUCCACAAACGGGAUCAACAUGCACGUCGCCUCCAUCGGCGCCGGCCCACGCGCCAUCCUGUUCGUCCACGGCUUCCCGGAGCUGUGGUACACGUGGCGGCACCAGCUCCUCUCCCUCUCCUCCCUCGGCUACCGCUGCAUCGCUCCGGACCUCCGCGGCUACGGCGACACCGACUCCCCGGGCCCGGCGGCCCACUACACCUCCUUCCACGUCGUGGGCGAUCUCGUGGGCCUGCUGGACGGGCUGGGGAUCCAGCAAGUCUUCUUAGUGGGCCACGACUGGGGCGCCAUCAUCUCGUGGCACUUCUGCCUGCUUCGGCCCGAUCGGGUCCGGGCCCUGGUCAACACCAGCGUUCCCUUCAGCCCGAAGACCUCGUCGAAGGUGUCUCCGAUGACCGGAGCGAGAGCCGUGCUGGGAGAUGAUUUCUAUAUGUGCAGGUUCCAGGAGGCCGGAGAAAUGGAGGCUGAGUUCGCCGGGAUGGAUACGGGGAAAGUGUUGAUGAAAUUUCUCGGGUACCGUGACCCGAAACCGCCUUGCAUUCCCAAGGAAACCGGGUUCGUGGGCUUUCCGGAUCCGCCCACUUUGCCUUCCUGGCUCUCGCAAGAGGAUGUUGAUUACUAUGCUGCCAAGUUCGACGAGAGCGGCUUCACUGGACCAUUGAACUACUACCGCUCCAUUGAUUUAACGUGGGAGAUGAUGGGGCCAUGGACAGGGGCAAAAGUGAUGGUGCCGGCGAAGUUCAUAGUGGGGGAGCUGGACCUGACAUUGAAGUUCCCUGGAGCGGAGGCGUACAUCAACAAUGGCGGAUUCAAGAAGGAUGUGCCGUUAUUGGAGGACAUAGUUGUGCUGAAAGGCGUGGGUCACUUUCUCAACGAGGAGAAGCCGGAGGAAGUUACGAAACAGAUUCACGAUUUCUUUAACCAGUUUUGAUGAUCACUUUCAUCACUCCAAGCUGGACUCGGAGAUAUAUCAACUCAAUUGCUUCGCCGGUGGUCGAUCUAAUCCAGCUGAUUGAGGUUAUCUAUGGGUGGGAAACCUCUUUCCAUCCAAAUAUAACUAUUGGUUGUUUCUGUCAGUUUAUCAGUUACGUAAAAGAGUGCUGAUAUGCACCCAAAGUAUCUUAUAUUUAAAAAGAAAUAGUGACAUGCAUGGUUUUAUUUAUAUAUGUACUAAAUAUGCAAAGAAAGGUUAGGUGAUCAAGAAUGGCCAGCCAAGAUGAAAGUUAAGCUUCUUCCAACCCCAAGCAUUCAUUACCAUUUACCAAGAAGACGUUUAAUGUCCAGACGCGUUCAUCUCACGUCUGAGUGUUUUGGUUGAUUUGCUUCUUGGUCUGAUAAAUGAAAAUCCAAUCC